AUGACAAGUAAUAUGUCACAAGACGGUUUAUUCUUGACGGGACUAGAACAUCAAUCCAGUGUGUUUUUCAAUGUUAAGUCUUGUAUCCUUAAGACAAGCCGCAGUGCUUUUGUAAUCAUCAAGAUGCCAGUGUUAACAAAUAAGUUAUCUCAAAACAAAGAAUUAUUGCAAUUAAUCUCUACAUUGCAUAAAAAAGCUUUCAAAGUCCUUGAAGAUUUCCUGAAAUUUAUUACUGAAUUUUUACCAUCGACACCCAAUAUAGGAUGCUGUGAGAUGCUUGCAACGUAUAUUUCUGAUGUUUGUAACGGCCUUAUUCUUAUAGCCGAAACGAGCGUGUCAGAUUAUCUUACUCUCAAUUUGUCCUGGAAAUACAUUAUAAAACUGUCAAUUGCGUAUAAAAAUGACAUUAUGAAAACAUUGAAGCUGGAUUCUAUUAUUAACAAUCUCAGCUGUGGUGCAUCUUAUAAUUUUUCAAAGUUGAUAAAGUCGGCUAAUUCUGAUGAAACUUUUCAGCAAGACCCUCCAGAUGUCAAGCAGAUUGACAAAAUGUUGACAAUUGUGCGAUUUUAUGUUACUCAUUUAUUGAGCAUCGUGAAAUGCUAUGUUGAAGUAAUUUUAAAGGAUGAAUACAAAUCUAUUAUUCAAGCAAUACAAUAUACUUUAAUUUUUCUUGUGAGCAAAUUAUCACCAAACUGCCUAAUAACGGCAUACGCUAAUAAUUUAUUACAAGAGCACAUUCUUCCUAUUAUUAACAACAUCUUUGCCACGUUAUUCAUAAACAACAUAGCAAGCGAAGAUGAAUGCUAUACUAUGAUAUUUAAUUUUGCUAAUUUAUCCGUUGAUGCCAUUAAUCAUGAAAGUUCGGUCAUACCUGAAAUUGUGGAGAUUGUGGAUUUUACAUUUGCAAAAAUUCAUUUUUUACAAAUGAUUUUAAUAAAUAUUAAUGAUAUUCCAGUCUUGUUACAAUCCAAAUUAUUACCAAGUCCAAUAUUAGCAAAAGAUUCAAAACAGAUAUUUUGUAUAUUGAGAACCUUUUUCGAUGUGUUGGAGAAUUAUCCGGAAAACAAUUUACUUACACCAAUGGUUAUGUUUACUGACAGAAGCAUUCAUCCUUUGCAAAACGUCUCGUUUGGUGCUCAAUGCUUUGAAGAUAAUCUUUACUUCCAUAUUUUACGCACUUUAUGCAUAUUUGCAAACACAUUGCCCGCAUCUCUGUUCAUGGUAUUUGAAUACCGCAUGCUGGAAUCAUUGUUACUUUCACGGAGUUUUAUAAUCUGUACUUUGAUCAUUGACUGCUGGGGUUGUGUUAGUAAGGUUUUAGACAGUCAAGUAUUGUAUCAAGAAGCUAUGCUAAUAACAGAAAUUAUAAGUGGUCUUGUACAUACGUCUUCAACUCGUUUUCGAUUAAGAAGGUUGCUUAAACGCUUGAUAGCUUUUCUUAAUGUAGAGCAGCAGAUUAAACUUUCAAAUGUCGCUAGUUCUUGUACCUUUCAAGCUGAUGAAAAAAUUGCUCAGAUAUUAUCAAGUAGAGAAUCUACAAUUGUCAAUGUAGAUGGCGCUGAUAGUAAUUCGGAUAGUUACAUGAAAUUAUAUGCAUGGACCAAUUCGUACUUUGAAAAGAAGCCAAUACAUUCGGUUGAUGACGUGUUUUCAAUUUAUUUACUUGUUUUGCAAUCUGAAAUUUUGAUGCCAUAUUGCAUCAAAAAUGAUGAUACCAAAUUUAUUUCAUUUAAUAUUGCAUUGACUAUUUUAAAAAAUUCUAUUAACUGCAUUGGUUCAUUAUCUGACUUUUAUCCAUCAUCUGCUGAGUUUCGAAAGAUAUUUGUUACUAUUGAUGGUGUGAUUGAAUUCAUGAUAAACUUACGGUCACUAACUUUAGUUGAAGUACUAGAGGUACUUAGGGUUGUGGAUCACUGUACUGCUUCAUUGGUGAAUAAUUGCAUUUGUCACAUAUCCUUAUGUAAUUUUAUUGACAAAUUCGCAGAAGUUUUGCUUAACGCAAACGACAAGCAAAUUACUGCGAUCGUUAAUUCUAUCUAUGAUAAGAUAUUCACAAACACACGAUGGUUCACAAAACACGAAUCCGCUGCCCAAAUUGCCUGUUAUAUGCAACAUUCCCAGAGUCUUGAAAUAAUUUAUUCAGCUAUAAUGCAGCAAUUACGUGAGCAGAUUGUGAAAUUUAUAAAUCGAAUACCAUCAUAUUCUGAUGACAAAUUGAUCUCGGAAAUAAAUUUCUGGCGAUUUAUACAAGAUAGAAAUGAACAGCAAUUUCGCUUUGCGCAAUUGAAAGAUUUAUUUAACAAAAAUUUAGUUUCAAUUGCAGCAAAUAUUUUUUCUUCAGUAAAAAUCAAUUAUGAUAUAAAUAAAUCAACUCUGGAAUGUUUGGGCGGAGCUCGCUUGGUAAAUGAAUUUAUUCGAAAUUGUUUGGAAGGGUAUCAACAGCCAGAUGUUUCUUUUGAGCUAAAGUUAGUCCUUAAUGAUUUAAAAGAUAAUUUGACUAAAUUUCUUCAAGGUUAA